CCAGCGCAGCCUUCCCGGGAAGCGCGGCCGCUCGCGACCGCAGCCUUGCCCAGCACUCCAGCCGCGCGUCCCGGUGCCGGCGCCCCACGGCCACAGGCUUGCUGCGCUGUAGCGCAAAGAGCAUGUGCAGACCUGCAGGUGCUAAGGUGCUAUCUGCCCGGGGAGCUUCUGGGCAGUAGUGACUGACUGUCACGCCGAGAGACCUGUCAGGACUUUCACGGCAUCUCUGCGUUGCGGGUGACACUGCGGUGCUCGCGAGCAGGGAGGCAGCUGCCUCUCAGUGGAGACGUCUUGGGCUCGGUGCGUCCUUCCUCUCUCCUUCCUCCGCUGCUCGCUCCUUGGGUCGUCCGCUCACACCCGCAGCCUCCCGGAGCGGGAGGCGUGCGUCCCCGCCGCUUCUCUCCCUUCCAAAGGGGCCUCUUUACGUCGGAAAUGCAGUGACAAGAUAAUAUGGGAGUCCAAGCCUCGGUUUCCCAGGAGGAAAAUUGCGAGAGGCAGCAGCCCCCUAGCGCCCAGAGCUCGUGAGCAGCCCACCCAAGAGGGGCGUGAGGCCCGGCUGUAGCAUCUGUCCGGGCGGGAUCCCCUGAGCGCAGUGACCAGUCCCAGGCCCCCAUCGCGGCACCCCGAAGGCGCGCUCGCCUGCACACUGCGUUCUCCCAGUCUCGGGGAUUUUUUAUUCCGCCGCUGGUGGUGGGCGCCUCGCGGGCCGAGGCCCGGCGCCUGCUCUGCUGCCCGCGCUGCCUUUAGCGGUCGCCUCCGCUGCCGCUGCCAGGGACGUGCUGGGAAAGCCGAAGCCCCGGGAGAAGAUGCCGGCCAUCCUGGUCGCCUCCAAAAUGAAGUCGGGACUGCCUAAACCCGUGCACAGCGCCGCUCCCAUCCUGCACGUGCCCCCGGCCAGGGCCGGCUCCCAGCCCUGCUACCUCAAGUUGGGAAGCAAGGUGGAGGUGAGCAAGACCGCCUACCCUAGCCAGAUCCCCCUGAAAUCGCAGGGGCUGCAGGAGCCGGCGGGUGAGGGCCCCCCGCUGCGGAAGAGCGACUCGGAGGAAAACCGGUUCGAUACCCAGAUCUACACGGAUUGGGCCAAUCAUUAUUUAGCCAAAUCAGGCCACAAACGUCUCAUCAAGGAUCUCCAGCAAGAUGUGACGGACGGCGUCCUCCUGGCCCAGAUUAUUCAGGUUGUGGCAAAUGAAAAGAUUGGAGAUAUCAAUGGCUGUCCAAAGAACAGAUCGCAAAUGAUUGAAAACAUCGAUGCCUGCUUGAAUUUCCUGGCAGCUAAGGGGAUAAACAUCCAGGGGCUGUCUGCAGAAGAAAUCAGGAAUGGAAAUCUCAAGGCCAUUCUAGGCCUCUUCUUCAGCCUCUCCCGCUACAAGCAACAGCAGCAGCAGCCCCAGAAGCAGCACCUCUCCUCGCCGCUGCCACCUGCCGGGUCCCAGCCGGCCGGUGCCCCCUCCCAGUGCCAAGCUGGCACACCUCAGCAACAGGUGCCAGCCACUCCCCAGCCUCCUCAGCCGCCCCAGCCAGCGCCUCAUCAGCAGUCAAAAGCACAAGCUGAAAUGCAGUCCAGACUUCCAGGUCCUACCGCAAGAGUAUCCACUGCAGGCAGUGAGGCCAAAACACGCGGAGGGUCAGCCCCGGCGAACAACCGACGCAGCCAGAGCUUUAACAACUAUGACAAAUCCAAACUGGUCACCUCCUUACUCCCACCUCCAAGCAGCCAUGAGAAAGAGCCAUUGGAAAGCCCAGCCUCCUUCCUCCCCGGCAUGAGUGAAAAUGCACCUGCUUCUCUGGAGAGCAGCAACAGCUCCACCCCUGCUAAUUGCAGCACCUCGUCGGCCAUCCCCCAGCCCGGCUUGGCCUCCAAGCCCUGGCGCAGUAAGUCCCUCAGUGUGAAGCACAGCGCCACCUCGUCCAUGCUCUCGGUCAAGCAGCCUGUGCCUGAGGCCCCCAGGCCCACCCCCGACGCCACCAAGCCAGCCCCCAACAAUCAGAAGUCCAUGCUGGAAAAGCUGAAACUCUUCAACAGUAAAGGGGGCUCCAAGGCGGGCGAGGGCCCGGGAUCCCGGGACACAAGCUGCGAGCGCCUGGAGAUCCUGCCCAGCUUUGAGGAGAGCGAAGAGAUGGAGGCCGCCAGCCGCACCCUCCCCGCAGCGGGCCCCACUUCCAACAGCCCCAAGAUCGCACUCAAGGGGAUCGCCCAGAGGACUUUUAGCCGGGCGCUGACCAACAAGAAGAGUUCCCCAAAAAGCAGUGAGAAAGAGAAGGAGAAACAACAGCGGGAGAAAGAAAAGGAGAAAAGCAAGGACCUCGCCAAGAGAGCCUCUGUGACGGAGAAGCCAGACCUCAGAGAAGAGCUGAAAGAAGACCCCAGUGGAGCAGUGGUGACUGAGAUGCCAAAAAAGUCCUCCAAGAUCGCCAGCUUCAUCCCCAAAGGAGGGAAGCUCAACAGUGCCAAGAAGGAGGCCACAGCCCCUUCCCACAGUGGAAUACCAAAACCAGGAAUGAAGAGCAUGCCCGGGAAAUCCCCAAGUGCCCCAGCACCUUCCAAGGAAGGGGAGCGGAGCCGGGGUGGGAAGCCGAGCUCGGGGCUCCCCCAGCAGAAGCCCCAGCUGGACGGCAGACACUCCAGUUCCUCCUCCAGCCUGGCCUCCUCGGAAGGAAAAGGCCCAGGGGGGGCCACCCUGAACCACAGCAUCAGCAGCCAGACUGUCAGUGGGUCCGUCGGGACCACCCAGACCACAGGAAGCAAUACUGUCAGUGUUCAGCUACCUCAGCCCCAGCAGCAAUACAACCACCCCAACACUGCCACGGUGGCUCCUUUCCUGUACAGGUCCCAGACGGACACUGAAGGGAAUGUCACUGCCGAGUCCAGCUCAGCAGGCAUGAGCAUGGAGCCCAGCCACUACACCAAGAGUGGACAGCCUGCUCUGGAAGAGCUCACUGGGGAAGAUCCCGAGGCUCGGCGACUGCGGACAGUGAAGAACAUCGCUGAUCUGCGGCAGAAUUUGGAGGAAACUAUGUCCAGUUUACGGGGAACUCAGGUUACACACAGCACAUUGGAAACCACAUUUGACACCAAUGUCACCACGGAGAUAAGUGGGCGCAGCAUCCUCAGUUUGGCGGGAAGACCCACUCCUCUAUCUUGGAGACUUGGCCAGUCCAGCCCUCGACUCCAAGCAGGGGAUGCUCCCUCUAUGGGCAACGGGUACCCGCCUCGAGCCAAUGCCAGCCGCUUCAUCAACACUGAGGCAGGCCGCUAUGUGUACUCUGCCCCGCUGAGAAGGCAGCUGGCAUCCAGGGGCAGCAGCGUCUGCCACGUGGAUGUCUCGGACAAGGCGGGAGAUGAGAUGGACCUGGAAGGUAUCAGCAUGGACGCCCCCGGCUACAUGAGCGACGGGGACGUUCUGAGCAAGAACAUUCGGGCUGAUGACAUUACAAGCGGGUAUAUGACUGACGGUGGACUUGGCCUCUACACCCGUCGCCUGAACCGGUUCCCUGAUGGAAUGGCUGUGGUGCGGGAGACCCUGCAACGAAAUACCUCCCUGGGCCUUGGAGAUGCUGACAGCUGGGAUGACAGCAGCUCCGUCAGCAGCGGGAUCAGCGACACCAUAGACAACCUCAGCACUGAUGACAUCAACACCAGCUCGUCCAUCAGUUCCUAUGCCAACACACCUGCCUCAUCUCGCAAAAACCUGGAUGUGCAGACGGACGCCGAGAAGCACUCGCACGUGGAGAGGAAUUCCCUGUGGUCUGGUGAUGAUGUCAAGAAAUCAGAUGGAGGGUCAGACAGCGGCAUAAAGAUGGAGCCAAGUUCUAAGUGGAGGCGGAAUCCCUCUGACGUGUCUGACGAGUCCGACAAAAGCACGUCGGGCAGGAAGAACCCCGUCAUCUCCCAGACAGGCUCGUGGCGGCGGGGCAUGACGGCACAGGUGGGCAUCACCAUGCCACGGACAAAGCCAGCUGCCCCGGCAGGCACGCUGAAGACCCCGGGAAUCGGCAAAACAGACGAUGCAAAGGUAUCUGAGAAAGGAAGGCUUUCUCCCAAAGCCUCCCAGGUGAAGCGCUCCCCCUCAGACGCAGGCCGCAGCAGUGGCGACGAAUCCAAAAAGCCCCUCCCCAGCAGCUCCAGGACACCCACUGCCAACGCCAGCAGCUUUGGGUUCAAGAAGCAGAGUGGCUCGGCUGCCGGUCUAGCCAUGAUCACGGCCAGCGGGGCCACUGUCACUAGCAGGUCAGCCACGCUAGGCAAAAUCCCAAAAUCAUCUGCGCUUGUGGGUCGGUCCACCAGUCGGAAGACAAGCAUGGAUGGGGCUCCGAAUCAGGACGAUGGCUAUCUGUCUCUCAGCUCCCGGACGAACUUGCAGUACCGGAGUCUGCCAAGGCCCAGUAAGUCCAACAGCCGGAACGGAGCUGGGAACAGGUCUAGUACCAGCAGCAUAGAUUCCAACAUCAGCAGUAAGUCAGCGGGCCUGCCAGUGCCCAAGCUGAGGGAGCCAUCCAAAGCAGCCCUCGGCAGCUCUCUGCCAGGUCUGGUCAACCAGACGGAUAAGGAGAAAGGCAUCUCGUCAGACAACGAGAGUGUGGCUUCCUGUAACUCAGUGAAAGUGAACCCGGCAGCCCAGCCCGUGUCCACUGCAGCGCAGGCCAGUCUGCCGCCCGGAGCCAAGUACCCAGACGUGGCCUCUCCCACGCUCCGCAGACUCUUUGGUGGGAAGCCUACCAAGCAAGUGCCCAUCGCCACAGCCGAAAACAUGAAAAAUUCGGUGGUCAUCUCCAACCCUCAUGCCACCAUGACCCAGCAAGGUAACCUAGACUCCCCCUCAGGCAGUGGCAUCCUGAGCAGCGGGAGCAGCAGCCCUCUCUACAGUAAGAAUGUGGACAGCAACCCGUCUCCACUAGCCUCCAGCCCCAGCUCCGCCCACUCGGCCCCCUCCAACAGCCUCACCUGGGGCACCAACGCCAGCAGCCCCUCGGCAGUUAGCAAGGACGGCCUGGGCUUCCAGUCCGUUAGCAGCCUCCACACCAGCUGCGAGUCCAUUGACAUCUCCCUCAGCAGCGGAGGGGGGCUGAGUCACAAUUCCUCCACUGGCCUCAUCGCCUCCUCUAAGGACGACUCCCUGACUCCCUUUGUCAGAACCAACAGUGUAAAGACCACACUGUCGGAAAGCCCUCUUUCCUCCCCUGCCGCUAGCCCUAAGUUCUGCAGAAGUACUCUGCCCAGGAAACAAGACAGUGACCUGCACCUUGAUAGGAACACUUUGCCUAAGAAAGGACUCAGGUAUACUCCCACCUCCCAGCUGCGCACUCAAGAAGAUGCAAAAGAAUGGUUACGGUCCCAUUCUGCAGGGGGCCUGCAGGACACGGCUGCCAACUCCCCUUUCUCCUCCGGCUCCAGUGUAACUUCUCCCUCUGGAACAAGAUUCAACUUUUCCCAGCUUGCGAGUCCCACCACUGUCACCCAGAUGAGCUUGUCCAACCCGACGAUGCUGAGAACCCACAGCCUCUCCAAUGCCGAUGGGCAGUAUGACCCGUACACUGACAGCCGCUUUCGGAACAGCUCCAUGUCCCUGGAUGAGAAGAGCCGAACCAUGAGCCGGUCUGGCUCAUUCCGGGAUGGGUUUGAAGAAGUUCAUGGAUCCUCACUCUCCUUGGUUUCCAGUACAUCGUCAAUUUAUUCUACACCAGAAGAAAAAUGCCAGUCAGAGAUUCGCAAACUGCGCCGGGAGCUGGAUGCCUCCCAGGAAAAGGUUUCAGCUUUGACCACCCAGCUAACAGCAAAUGCUCACCUUGUGGCAGCCUUUGAACAGAGUCUUGGAAACAUGACGAUCAGGCUCCAGAGUUUGACCAUGACGGCUGAGCAGAAGGAUUCAGAACUGAAUGAGUUAAGAAAAACCAUCGAGCUGCUAAAGAAACAAAACGCAGCUGCCCAGGCAGCCAUUAAUGGCGUAAUUAACACACCGGAGCUUACCUGCAAAGGAAACGGUACCUCCCAGUCUGCAGACCUGCGCAUCCGCAGGCAGCAUUCAUCCGACAGUGUCUCCAGCAUCAACAGUGCCACCAGCCACUCCAGCGUGGGCAGUAACAUAGAGAGUGAUUCAAAGAAAAAGAAGAGGAAGAACUGGGUCAAUGAGUUACGCAGCUCCUUCAAGCAAGCUUUUGGAAAGAAGAAAUCCCCCAAGUCAGCGUCCUCUCAUUCAGACAUUGAGGAGAUGACAGAUUCUUCUUUGCCUUCCUCACCCAAGUUACCACACAACGGUUCCACGGGUUCCGCCCCACUGCUGAGGAAUUCUCACUCCAACUCCCUCAUUUCAGAGUGCAUGGAUAGUGAAGCUGAGACCGUCAUGCAGCUCCGCAAUGAGCUGAGAGACAAGGAGAUGAAGCUGACCGACAUACGCCUGGAAGCCCUCAGCUCUGCCCACCAGCUCGACCAGCUCCGGGAAGCCAUGAACAGGAUGCAGAGUGAAAUAGAGAAGCUGAAAGCUGAGAAUGACCGGCUGAAGUCAGAGUCUCAAGGCAGUGGCUGCAGCCGGGCCCCCUCCCAAGUGUCCAUCUCUGCCUCCCCGAGGCAGUCCAUGGGCCUCUCCCAGCAUAGCCUAAACCUCACGGAGUCAACCAGCCUGGACAUGUUGCUGGAUGACACUGGUGAAUGCUCGGCUCGGAAGGAAGGAGGCAGGCAUGUUAAGAUAGUUGUCAGCUUUCAGGAGGAAAUGAAGUGGAAGGAGGACUCCAGACCUCACCUCUUUCUUAUUGGCUGCAUUGGCGUUAGUGGCAAGACGAAGUGGGAUGUGCUCGAUGGGGUGGUUAGAAGGCUGUUCAAAGAAUACAUCAUUCACGUCGACCCAGUGAGUCAGCUAGGGCUGAAUUCGGACAGUGUUCUCGGCUACAGCAUUGGGGAAAUCGAGCGCACCAGCACCUCUGACACCCCUGAGCUUCUGCCCUGUGGUUAUCUGGUUGGGGAGAACACCACCAUCUCUGUGGCUGUCAAAGGGCUCGCGGAAAACAGCCUGGACUCGCUGGCGUUCGCAUCCCUUAUCCCCAAGCCCCUUCUGCAGCGCUACAUUUCCCUGCUGGUGGAGCACCGGCGGAUCAUUCUGUCUGGCCCCAGUGGCACCGGGAAAACCUACCUGGCCAACCGACUGUCAGAGUACAUGGUGCUUCGGGAGGGACGGGAGCUGACGGAUGGGGUCAUUGCCACUUUCAACGUGGACCAUAAGUCCAGCAAGGAAUUGCGCCAGUACCUGUCCAACCUUGCUGAUCAGUGCAACAGUGAGAACAACGCAGUGGACAUGCCUCUCGUCAUCAUCCUGGACAACCUGCAUCAUGUCAGCUCUCUGGGCGAGAUCUUCAAUGGGCUGCUCAACUGCAAGUACCAUAAAUGCCCUUACAUAAUUGGCACAAUGAACCAGGCUACCUCUUCUACUCCCAACCUGCAGCUUCAUCAUAACUUCAGGUGGGUGCUUUGUGCCAACCACACGGAGCCCGUGAAGGGUUUCCUUGGCCGGUUCCUGAGGAGGAAGCUCAUGGAAACGGAAAUUAGUGGGCGGGUGCGGAAUAUGGAGCUGGUGAAAAUCAUCGAUUGGAUUCCCAAGGUCUGGCAUCACCUCAACCGCUUCCUGGAGGCCCACAGCUCCUCAGACGUCACCAUCGGUCCCCGGCUCUUCCUGUCCUGUCCCAUCGAUGUGGAUGGCUCAAGGGUGUGGUUCACGGACUUGUGGAACUACUCCAUUAUCCCUUAUCUCCUGGAAGCUGUCAGGGAAGGACUGCAGCUCUAUGGAAGGCGGGCCCCCUGGGAGGAUCCUGCCAAGUGGGUGAUGGACACCUACCCAUGGGCAGCCAGCCCCCAGCAGCAUGAGUGGCCUCCCUUGCUGCAGCUGCGGCCAGAGGAUGUCGGCUUCGAUGGCUACUCCAUGCCUCGGGAGGGUUCCACGAGCAAGCAGGUGCCCCCCAGCGACACUGAAGGAGACCCGCUGAUGAACAUGCUGAUGAGGCUGCAGGAGGCAGCCAACUACUCCAGCCCCCAGAGCUAUGACAGCGACUCCAACAGUAACAGCCAUCACGACGACAUCCUGGACUCAUCCUUGGAGUCCACUCUGUGACAGGGGCCCGGCUGUGGAACCCGCCCUGCCCCUUCUCCUCACCCCGUGCCACCCGCAUCCUCACAGUCCUGAAGGUGACUUCCUGAGCCGGCCUCCAGCCGCUGCGUUGGAGCUGCAGGAGUAAGAUCCCUCAUCCCUCAACCUUGGCCUGGGUGCAGGCACCCCAGGCCAACCACCCUGGGGCCUCUUCCUUCCCACAGCGAGAACUGCACUACGUUUUGUCUUAUUUUAAUUAUUCUGUUUUGCCUUGUUGCUGUGACCUCCCUAAGACACUGAAGAUACUUCUUGGGAAAGGAUCAUCGCCACUGAAACAAAAAGGGAAAGAAAAAAAAAAAACAAACCCCACUUGAAGUUCUGAAACCAAACAGCAUCCUGCCAUGAGCUGCCCAGAGACAGAAGAGGCUAGAGCAAAGUUGGAAAUGUAGACAGGGCUGCUUCCCAUCGCCACAGACCUUCCAGGGUGGGUCUAGCUGCUAGCACCUGUCACCCACACCAGCCGCAGAGAGAACUGGUACUAAUUAGGGCAUUUGCUUUGGUCCCAUGCCACAAACAACAGAGCUGCAAACAGGGAAACCUUAAGAAAAGAUUAGUCGUGCUUUAGUUGUUUUUUGAAUGGUGCUUUCCUUACCUGAGAGGUAUUUCGCCUAUUGCAAUUCAACCACACCUUUCAGGUCCAUCGGCCGCCGAUUAAUCCAUGUGAGUGAGUGAAGGAGUGAGCGUGAGUGAGCAGAUGUGGCUGUCAGCGCAGAGCAGCAUGUGUCUAUCUCCUUAUGUAUACAGGAAUCAGGUUGGUUUGUUUUUUUUCUGCAAACACUGUGUAUGGUGAGAAUUGUUCUACUUUGGAAAACCGAUAAACCCCUUUGAAAAUGAGGUUGCAUUUCUCCCUGGCUGACUCAUUGAUUUAGAAGAUUUUUCUCCCUCCCCUCUUGGUCAGGAUCAAUCCUUUGGUGAAAGAAAGAACCGUAGGAGUUGAGUUUUGGUUUGGUCCUGGUCAGUUUUGAUUUUUCAUUGUCCAUCCUAACAGUUCUACAUACCUGCCUCCUCCUCCUGGAGCUGGGGGUUUUGGGAUCUCCAAGAAGUGGGUGAGCCAUGAACCUUGCCUUUUCUUCUCAUCCUCGAGGCGUUAGAAUUCACAUCUACACUUUGAGCAUCCCAGCCCCAACUUCAGGUGGGAUGGUGAGGUCACCUCGCAAAAAACUUGCACCCUCCUGGGAACCAACAUGCCGCAACUCAAAGGGGGUGGGGCGACUGCUCCUUCCCAGAUGCCCCAGCCCCGGCCUCCAUCCCGACAAGCCUUGCCUGACCUCUUCGGUGCUGACCUUCCCAAAGCGUUGCCUUACUGGUUUUGUACUAACCAUGUUCAUUUACAUGAGUGCCAUGCCUGCCUGGGGGUUCAUUUUUUGUUUUCCCCAUCCAAGCAAACAGGGCUAAAAAAAAAAAAAAAAAAAAGUCGUCUAUUCAUUAGGAAAACCCAAGUUGCUGGGACUUUUCUCAUCCAAAAGACUCAGUUGUGUGGAUGUGUGACCAUGGGGAAAGGGGGGGGGGGGGAUUAAUUUUUAGGUUCCUGUCAGACUCCAGUCAACAACCUGACUGGACAACAAUCUGUCUUGUGCAGAAGGCAAGCUUUCUUACAAGUCUCCAUGACAUUGCUGAUACAUGCCCUGAUGGAAACCCAGUUUGCUGUGUCUUCAACAUACUGGUCUUCUUUACAGAGUAUGGUAAAUCUUCUAGUCAUUUGUUACUGUUUUUUAAAGAGAAUCUUUAUUGGACCCCAGUGUGGGUGUGUCUGUUAAUGAUCGGGGUUUUUAUUCCAUUUCUAGUUCUGAGGGUGUGACUCUCUGCUUUUGUUCUUUUCUAACCACAAGAACCCAAAACUGCUCACAUCACAUUGGAUCACAGGUUUUCCUCCUCUUUGAAAGGAAAAGGGAAAUGUGUCUCACUAACUGGUGAAUGGAAAGCCUUUCAACUCUGUCCCUGCUUUAAUCUCAGAAAACUUCGACUGGAUUCGGAUUCGCUUUCAUUAGUCAUGUGGGGUGUGCGUGCAUGCGUGUGUGUGUGUGUGUGUGUGUGUGUGUGUGGUGCUCUGGGGUUUUAAUAAAAUUUUUAAAGCAUAUAUUUAGCAUGUGACCAGGGGCCAAACGCUGAGCCUUCUGGUAAACCUGAAGGGGGCCCUUCUCUGACAAUUUCUCCCAACAACGACCUUACUUACACUCUCAUACUGUGAAUUUGGGGGGAGAUAAAAUUGACUUCCCCUUGUGGGCAAUUUUUCCCAGUCACCUUGUGAGUAGACACUUGCCAAUAUCAUUUGAAACCAAUUUUUUUAGGACACCCUCUCUUCUCUCUCCUCUCUGCUGUCCUACAGACUUCCCUCCUGCUGGGUUCAGGCUCAGAACCAAGAUCUCUGUUCCUGAUGCUACCUGAUUUCAAGUCACGUAGCCCUUGUGUGAUUCACAACUCAGUGUCUUUCCUAAAGUUUCAGGAAGCAGGGUUGUCUAAUGUGCACAUUUCUUAUUUUGGUUAUAUUUUAUUUUAGUGUCACUCACCUUUGACAAAGUAACUUGUGCUCAUUGAGGGCUCUUUCCAAACUGCUUCCAUUUUGCCUUUUUCUACAGUUAGGCUAAUUUUGAAAUAUAUGAAAUUCUAUGCAACAUUUAAGUUGAGUUACCAAUGGAAGCCAAAAGUCUUCUUUCCAAACUGCCAAGAAUUAUACAGGCCAUAAAUGAGACGGAAAUACCUUUUAAUUUAAGGUUGGGGUGGGGUGGGGGGAGGACAAGAAAAAGGACUUGCCUAGAUCCUUAUUGUACCUUGGGGACAUUUUUUAUUUUAUUGUUGAUGCUUAAACUUCAAAACUCUGUGUAUUCAAAUUUGUCUGAUCAUGGCAAGUCUAUUUCAAAAGGGAAAAAUAAUCCAACUUUGUGGAUAUUAAUUGGAAGGUUUGCGGUUUGAACUAGUUGUUUCCAGUGGAGCUGUCUAUGAAAUAUGUUCUAUAAGAUGUACAUUUUUCAUUGUAACAUAGAAAUUGUAAAUAACUGAUUAAAGUGCUGCAUUUUGAUGAAUUUUUUCUAGCCAUUUUUAAAGAGAAAACUAGGAAUUGAGUAUUUUGUGUACGGUAUGUUUCCAUCCUCUUUCCCCUUCCUCCCCUCCCUAUUUAAUUUUCAUUUGUCAUGAGGUUUGGAUUUGCCAAUGAUCUGUUGGAGAUCAUGCCCCACGUCAUAGAGAAUAAAGCUGAUGAUUGUACCAGUCUUAAAUUAUUCAUGAUUCAAUAAAAUUAAUGCUUAUUUAUUCAGA